CAACUGAAAUCGUUCGCACCGGAUCUGAGGUUGCCACCCCGGGCAAGUAAUCGGUGCGCCGACACAGAUACAACGAAUCACGAAAACCGUAGAGCUUUCGAUUUCUCUCUUUUUUUUCUUUUCUUUUUUUUGAUUCGCUUGCUUGCUUUCUGUGUAACCUCUCCUUUACACUUAUUUUGUCUCCUUCGUUUCAUUACAUUUUCUUCUUCUCGUCAGUCUUUCAUUACUCAGAAAUUCAUCAGUGGGAGAUUUUGGAUUCGGAAUUUGAUGGACCCAUCGUCAAGUCAACCAGAGUUCGACUACCUGUUCAAGUUGUUGUUGAUUGGGGAUUCUGGGGUGGGGAAGAGUACACUGCUGUUGAGUUUCACUUCCGAUACAUUCGAGGAUCUUUCUCCCACCAUUGGGGUAGACUUCAAGGUGAAACAUGUAAGAAUCGGUGGGAAAAAGUUGAAGCUUGCUGUAUGGGACACAGCUGGGCAAGAAAGAUUUAGAACAUUGACUAGCUCAUAUUACAGAGGAGCUCAAGGGAUAAUAAUGGUAUAUGAUGUAACACGGCGAGACACCUUUACAAAUCUAGCUGACAUAUGGGCUAAAGAGAUCGACCUGUACUCAACAAAUCAAGAUUGCAUCAAGAUGCUUGUUGGUAACAAAGUUGAUAAGGAAAGUGAAAGGACUGUGACCAAAAAAGAAGGAAUUGACUUUGCUAGAGAAUAUGGUUGCCUUUUCCUUGAGUGCAGUGCGAAAACUCGGGUUAAUGUUGAGCAAUGCUUUGAGGAGCUUGUUUUAAAGAUUUUAGAUACGCCAAGCCUUUUGGCGGAGGGCUCAUCUGGAAUGAAGAAGAAUAUCUUUAAACAGCCACCUCAACAUGAUACCUCCAGUGGUUGUUGCUCAUGGUGAUUGUAGACUGCUGUUAACCGCGAUGCAAUGUUUUUCCAGUAGCUUUCUAAAUCUUUCUUUCCUUUGAACUUUUUUUUCCCCUUCAAUCAAAUGUGGUUAGUAUUUGGAAACUAAAAUAUGUGUACAAAAUGCUCCUAUCUGAUGCUUGAAAUUCAUUGAUAUAACCGGCUUUUGGAUA